ACACGCAGCAAAUUUUACUGCUCUGUGCUCAUUAAUGUUGUUCUGCUUGCAACUGUACUUGGACUUGUUGCUGUGCUUAUGGCAGUGAACCCAACAGAAAGCCGCAUUCCCGAAACAAGGCUGUUUUCCUCUUGCCCUGGAGACUGGAUUGGAUUUGGGAAUAAGUGUUAUUAUUUUUCUGAUAAUGUAACGAACUGGACGUCCAGUCAGGCCUUCUGUGCAUCCUUUGAUGCCAAUCUGGUCAAGUUUGACAGCAAGGAGGAAUUGAAUUUCUUGGAAAGACACAGAGAUUCGUAUGACCGUUGGAUUGGCCUUAGAAGAGAAUCUCCACAGCAUAGUUGGAAGUGGGCAGACAACACCGAGUUCAGCAACCUGGCUGAGGUGAGGGGAACUGGGGAGUGCGCCUAUCUGAAUGGAGUGGGCAUCAGCAGCGGGCGGUUCUACACGGAGCGGAAGUGGAUCUGCAGCAAGCCGAGCAGCUACGUGCAGUGUGCAGCGACCUCGGGGUCAUUGAUGCAUGGGGCCACUUAUAAACAGAACAGCCACGUGUGCUUCGACAGCUUCCUGGAUGAAGUUCACCAGCAAGCACAGCACGUCGUGAAGAAUGUGAUUUCCUCCAGCAAAAGUUACGUUCACCUUGAACUUGUUCUGGGUACCCUGUCCUGUGGCCAGAGCCAGGAGAUGUGGGCACACUCCAUCCUGAAUGAGCAGAUCCUGAAAGAUGAACAAGAGUUAACCUUCUAUUAUUUGCUGCUGCUUUACGCUGUCCUGCCGAAUGGAGAAGUGGUUGCCAACGUGCAGAAAGUUCACAUCGAACACGGCUUCACCAACCAGGUCACGGCCACGCUGCUGUCCUUCUGUGCCCUCCGGGCAGUGGACCAGAGCAUGCUGCUGUUGAAACCCGAAAAAGAACUCUCACCGCAGGCCAUAAGUCCUUUGCUUUCUUUUGCGCCAGUAUAUAAUUUACUCCCCACAAAGACGCCGGUGAAGAGUCACGUGGACGCUGGUGUUAAUAAGGACUGCAUUUAUGCGGAGGACAUAAUUCACAACGGGCUCAUCUACUCUCCAAAACAGGACCCUGAUGACGAGGACAUUCACAGCAUCCUGCUCUUCCUGGCGCUCAGCCUGCCCUACGCCAUGGUGCGCGGGGAGGCCUUCGCGCUCAGGGCCGCGGCCCACAGCUACCUGCCCCACUGCACCUGGAACCUUCUCCAGCUGCCCCAUGGCUGUGGAGAGCAGAAUAUGAUUCUCUUCGUCCCCAACAUCCAUGUUCUGAACUAUCGGAACGUGACACAGCAACUCACAGAGGAGAUCAAAUCCAAAGCCACCAGCUACCUCGUCAGUGGGUAUCAAACACAGUUGAAUUAUAAACACAGAGACGGCUCGGACAGCACAUUUGGAGACCAGGAUGUCAGGACUCCCGGGAACACAUGCUACACGGGGGAACGGCCUAGCUCCAACAUGAUCAUUGUGGACGUGAAGAUGGCUUCCAGCUUCGUCCCUGAGAGAAUCUCAGUGAAGCAGCUCCAAAACCGAGCUGACAUUCAGCGAACAGAAGUGAGCACCAAUCACGUUCUGAUUUACCUGGAGAAGCUAACCAGAGAAGUCGUGAGUUUCUCCUUUUCGGUAGAACAAGAUGUCGAAGUGAAGAACUUACAGCCAGCCACAGUAAAGGCUUAUGAUUACUACAAGACCGAUGAAUACGCCAUUGAAGAAUACAGCAUCCCCUGCAGAGCCGCCAAGAAACUGUGA